GAAGACCUCAGCCAUGAGACUUCUCCUUCUGACUUUCCUGGGACUCUGCUGCCUCUCCAUAUGCAUUGUGGAAGGUGUGGGGACUGAAGUCCUAGAAAAAACUACCUGUGUGACAUUCAAAACCCGGCCUCUGCCACUUCAAAAAAUCAAGACCUAUACCAUCAAGGAAGGCAUGAUGAGGGCGAUAAUUUUUAUCACCAAAAAAGGACUGAAAUUCUGUGCUGAUCCAAAAGCCAAAUGGGUACGAGAAGCAGUGAUAAGCAUUGAGGGCAGGUCCGGUGUCAAAAAGAGCAUGGCUAAAACUGUUCCCACGAGAGUCCAGCGGUCCACCAGCACAGCUACGUUCCUGUCUGGGUGAUAGCCUCCAGGACAGUGCUGCCUCACCAGCCAAGCAGCUCAUCUUCGUUCACAAGCUCAUGGACUAAUUAUGCUAGACUUACCUUUAAUGAAAGUGUUGCAUGAAUAAAGUUAUCUUUAUUUUCAAUGGCAUUCAUACUCAUUUUAAGUGUUGUAAGUAAUAAAUAUUUAUAUUUGAUUUA